AUGGCGCGCGCCGUGCGGCGGGGGCUGGCCCUCUGUGCCUCCCUCGCGGCCGGCGGCCUCGCCCUCGCGGUGGACGGCCAGGCCCGGAUCCAGGCCUCGUCGCGGCGGGAGCUGGCUGUGCCGGGGAAGCGGAGCGCGCUGCUGACGGUCUGCUUCGUCUCCAAGGCCUCGCCGGGCCGCCACACGGUCGAUCAGCUGACGAACGGCUGCAUCCUCAACGUCGCCUCAUUCAAGCUGGCGGCGCCGGAGUCGGACGUAAUCCUGAUCGCCCCCGCGGAGGAGAAUGCGGCUGACAAGAUCAAGACCAUGUCCGAGAAGGACAGCUCCAUCAAGAUCUCGUAUGUCGGCACGGGCCCGUGGGAGGUCGGCGGGCAGAGCAUUCCCUUCAAGAACGCCGAGGGGAAGUUCUACGGCAACGGGCUGAAGCUGCUGUGGUACACCCAGACGCUGAAGAAAUUCCAGGGGCACUACGACUACAUCUUCAUCGCCGACGGUGCCGACCUCUACUUCCAGCGGAACCCCUUCGAGCUCGCCGUGGAGUAUCCGUCAGCGGACCUGGUGUUCUUCGGCGACCGCGGCGACAGCCCGUCCAGGGGGAAGCAGUUCUUCGACCGGAUGAUGCCCCGCUGCGAGAGCUCCAAGCGCAAUGAGCCCAGCUUGAUGGAUGCCGUCGACAAGGCGUUCAUGCGCAAGGUGGACGGCAGGCCCUACAGCGUCUAUGCCAACAGCGGACUGAUCCUCGGUAAGGCAGACGCGAUGCUGAGCCUCACCAGCCAGGUUGCCGAGAUCGCGGCCGAGUGCCGUUUCUGGAUUUCCGACCAGAGCUUCGUCAACCUAGUCCGCUAUUACAUGAUGAAGGAGCGUGGCGAGGACAAGGUCUUGAUGUUCCCAGACAUGGAGAAGACCGCCUCCCUGGGCCACUACAGCUGGUACUUCUGGACCGAGGACGGCUGGCUUGCCAACAAGGACACGAAGGAGAAAUUGUAUGUGGUCCAUCAGUACGACCGCGCUCCGCAGGCUAAGAUGCUGACGGAGCUGGUCUGGAACAAGACGGCCGAGUGGAUCCGCAAGCACGAGUGA